CGCCAUCCGGGUCCUUUGCCUUCUCUGCCUCGUCCCAACAUGGCGGCCCCAGCGGCAGCGAAGAAGAAGCCAAAGAAGGGGAAGACGCUGACGCUCACGGAUUUCCUGGCUGAGGAUGGGGGGGGCGGGGGGGGCCCCACCUACAUCCCCAAACCUGUGAGCUGGGCCGACGAGACCGACGACCUGGAAGUCUCCACCACGUGGCACAGCAAUGACGACGACGUUUACCGGGCGCCUCCGAUCGACCGCUCCAUCCUUCCCACGGCCCCGCGCGCUGCCCGCGAGCCCAACAUCGACAGAAGCCGCCUCCCCAAAUCCCCUCCGUACACGGCAUUCCUGGGAAACCUGCCCUACGAUGUCACGGAAGAGUCCAUCAAGGAUUUCUUCCGAGGACUUAAUAUCAGCGCCGUGCGGCUCCCACGGGAACCCACCAAUCCCGAGAGGUUGAAAGGUUUCGGAUACGCGGAAUUCGAGGAUAUCGAUUCCCUGUUCCAGGCCCUGAGCCUCAAUGAAGAGUCUUUAGGAAACAGAAGGAUACGAGUGGAUGUGGCAGAUCAAGCUCAGGAUAAAGACCGGGAUGAUCGCUGCUUCGGCAGAGACCGAGAUCGCUUCCGGGACUCAGAGCGGUUCGAGAGCGACUGGCGCGCGCGUCCGGCUGCUCCCGAUGCCUUCGAUGACUUCCCCCCACGCCGGAGCGACGAUGGAUUCGGGGACAGAUAUCGUGAUCGCUAUGACGACCGGUAUCGGGACGGGCCACGGCGGGACAUGGAUCGUGGUUUUGGGAGCCGGGAUCGCUACGACGACCGCAGCAGGGAUUACGACCGAGGCUACGAUUCCCGAAUAGGCAGCGGCCGGAGAGCCUUUGGAAGCGGGUACCGCCGGGACGAUGACUACCGUGGCUAUGAGGAUCGUUAUGACCGGCGGGAUGACCGGAUGGAUCGGUGGAAUUCCCGGGAUGAUUACGGCCGGGAUGACUUCCGCCGUGAGGACAGAGGUCCCACCCAGAGACCGAAGCUCAACCUGAAGCCCCGGAGUGCUCCCAAGGAAGAGGAAACUUCAGCAGCUCCCGCUGCCCAGUCCAGCCGGGCUGCUUCCAUCUUCGGGGGGGCCAAGCCUGUGGAUACAGCGGCUCGGGAGCGGGAGGUGGAGGAACGGCUCCAGAAGGAGCAGGAAAAACUCCAGCGGCAGCUGGAGGACGACAAGAGGAUCGACAGACGGCCCCGGGAAAGGCAUCCAAGCUGGCGAAGCGAGGAGAACCAGGAGCGAUCCCGGACAGGCAGCGAAUCCUCCCAGAGCGGCCCCGCGGGACCCCCGGGAACGUCCGCGGGCUCUGGCCCCACCGGCCGGACCACACGGAGGAGGGAGAGCGAGAAAUCCCUGGAAAAUGAGCCCCUAGGAAAAGAGGAGGAGCCACCCUCACCGCCCCCCAAAUCCCGGGAGGAGAAGCCAAAGGUGAUGCCGGCACCGCCUCCCAAGGAAAACGCCUGGAUGAAGCGGAGCAGCCAGAACCCCCCCGGCAAUUCCCAGAGCUCUGACUCGGAGCAAGCCUCCCCAACCAGUGGGGGCCCCUCUGGCCCCACCCCCCCUGGAGAUGAUGCGGGCCCCCCCAGGACCACCCAGAGGAGAGAGGAACUGAAGCCUGAAGGGGGUCGGGAGAGCAGCUCCAAGGGCCGGAGCUGCAGCCGUGGCCCCGCAGGAAUGGGGGACCCUGAAAGGAGGGACCCCCGGAAGGAGCACGAGCCAAAGAAACUGGAGGAGAACCCCCCCUCUUUCAGCCAUGCCAGCAAAUAUGCCGCGCUCUCCAUGGAUGGGGAGGAUGAAGGUGAUGAUGAAGAAGGAGCUGAGUAAAAGCUUCCUCCCCCUCCUCCUCCUCAGCUGCCGUGGGAACCUCCGGAGAUUCCCAAAAAUCCCAACCUUGAUCCAGGCGAGACGGAAAUAAAGCCUAAAACUCA